GUUCUAUAUCUAUAUCAAUUUAAUAAUUAUUUACAAACAUAAAAUGCUCAAAUAAAUAAUAAUUUAAUUGCAGUUAACCACCUCAUGUCAAUUAAAUUACUUGGUUGUGAUUGAAUUAAAUUUUGCUUAUUAUUUUAAAUUACUUUUCUCUGGGAAAUAGAGCAGUUUUUUUGAGUACUUGGUACUGUCCUACUUUAGUUAUAAUUCCGCCUAAAUGUAAUUUGCCGAAUUGGCUAUUUCCACAUCCAAUCGUUCAGCAAUUUUACAUUAUAUAAUUUACUAAUAGUAUGCAUUUAGUUUCAUUUGGUUAAUAUUUGUGGCACAGAUUUACUGUCACCGCACAAAUGAAGCACUAAUUGCUUUUGACUUAAACCACAUUAAAAUCUAACUACUUUUCCAUUACUAAUACAAUACUGCGUAUUUUGGUAGAGGAGAAUUAUGUGUAUGGGAGAAUAAUAAAUUUACCAGCAAAGGAUGAUGUGUGAAAUUUUACGAUGCGUUAUUGUUCAUGGUUGAUCACAAGGUUCAACUGAGUGAAAGGGUGGAAAUUAUAUUUUAAAUCAUAAUGGUUUUGUUAUAUAAAAACAAUUUUAUAUUUUUCCAUAAAGAAACAAAGUCUUUAAAAUGUAAACAUAAAGAAUCUUUCGCGUAAUGCUAGAUGCACAACUUCUACUCUAAUUACAAAUACGCGAAACCUGUUUUUGAUCUUUCUUUGAUAUUCUGACUUUUCAAUUACACUGCUUUAUUCUCCAACCACCUCAACACUAUAAACAAAAGUGGCGAAUAAUUUACAGUUAACUUACAUUUUGAGGUUUGCGGCAAGUGUACUUUGAAAUCAUGAGUUUUUCUAAUUUCACUGCCUACACAAUACAAAUUCAAUUGAAACUUUCUUUCAGUGGCAUCAUUGAAACUUGCAAUAAACAAAGUUAUAUCUGCCGUGUUCUCCGCUCAUCAUCCCAUGCACUCAUGCUAAGCUUAAAUCGAAUUUUUAUUUUUAAUCAGCUGUGCAACAAGUUUUUUAUCACUUUUCAGUUGCAUGUGUCGAUGUGGCUACGUUGAACUUUGUAACAUGCAACUGUCAAUAAAAACUCUUGUCUAUCCAAAAACAAAGAGACCACAAUCAUUCCACUGUACGAAAUUGAAAAUGUUGAAGCUCGAAUACGGUGCACUAAAAGUCCAAUAAAAGUGUAGAGGUGUACAAUACAUAUAGUUUGGAGUGUAUGUAUUGUAGACUGGUGCAGUAACUAUAGCGAAGUUCAGCUUCAGUUUAAUGCUAGGGAUCUCAUAAUAAAACAUGUGCAAGUAAAAGUAAGGCAGGUAAUUUCAGAUGGAGUGUUUCAUAGCACUCACUCCAUUUAUUUACGUGCAUCGUGUACAAAAGUGAAGUUUUUCUUUGAAAGAGCUGUCUUAAAAAUUUAAGAAUGCCUCUGAAAGGCUACUGAAUUUUAUGAUAAGUGUUUUUUUUAUAAGGCAUGAGCUCGUAGGUGUGACAUUGUCUAUGGCGUUGAGUCAGUUGAGUUGGUACAGAAUAGUUUAUUUUAUUUAAGAUUUCAACUCUUGAACAAUGUUAAAGUAGUCACAUGCAAGAUUUACUUGGCUGUUAUAGUUGUCAUUGCACAAAAGUUGAUUUGUUUUUGUUUUUACUUCAACUUAGACUGUUAACUGGAAUCCCAGUCACCGCCAAUAAGACUUUUUGCGUAGUAGGGACUUUUGGAUUGCUGACUUUUUAACUACUUAUUUUGAAGUUUGUUAAAUUUUUGGGCCGUAAGGGAAAUUUCUGAACUUUGGUUGUUAUUGCAGCAGCUUGAUAUAUUUUGUAGAAUUCAGUUGUGGUGACAGUCUUCAAAUAGAUAUAAAUCAGGGUGGAUAUCGAAGAUGUCUUGGAGAAUCGUUUUUUUGUGCAUUAUGAGAUGGAUUAUCUAUGAAAUCGAUAACGAAGACUAUAGUAGAUGGUUUGAAUAUAAGAUAUUGAAACGAAAUCAGAAAAACUUCAUAAAUAAAUCGAAAACCUUUCGAAUAUUUAAAUCAUGAUAUGUUUGAACUAGAGUUCGUUUCACGAAAAAUUGCAUAGCUGGAUAGCUUGAGCACCUUAAAAGUUAAUUCUUUUUAUACAAAGCUCUCACUUCACUUCAUAUAGCUCUUUCUAGUAAAGAUAUUUGCGAACCAAUGCUUAUUGUAUUUAGCAAAUUUAUUAAGUACAUAUAUGAAUCGAUAUUCUGAAGUUCAUUUAAAUAGGCGUAUCGAAAUUGAAAAGUCACACCAGCAGGUGUUUGGAAAUAUUUGCAAAUCAUUUAAGGUUUUCAAUAAUCAUAAAAUAUGCACUUUCCAUAAAUUCUAAAACCCAGCAAGAAAUAUUUGUUAAUGAGAAAAAUAAUACUACAAUCGCUCAAAGCAGUCAAUAGAUAUGCAAAUCGGCAACAGCUCUAGCUUUCCUUAAGUAGCAACUGACUUGAAGAGAAGUUAAAUAGAGAGGUUCUGACUCUAAUGCCCUUAGAGACUACUUAUUGAGUGCGAAGUCUUCGUCAGGGAAUCAGUAGCCAUAGUAUUGAUAUGGAUAUCUGUCGAUAUUACCUUUAUUCAGAUAGAUUCGAGCUCCGCAAAAUCGUUACAAAGUUGCAAAUCAUAGCUCACCACUACUUUAUGGAUUUAUAAUCCGUUUUCCACUAUCUCCUGGAUAAUGAAAAUAUAUGUAGCAGAUAAGAAUGAAUGUUUCUUGAAAACAGAAAUAAACACAUUUUCCAACUGGUGCAUACAAAUGCAUUUAUAACGAUUUAUAAAAUUUUUACAAGUUCUCUUCAACUUUCAAGUUCGAAAGUAGUUGCAUAUUUGAAUAGAUGCCAUGGGCUACAUAAACCCCAAAUCACGAAACAAAUGCCAAUAGUUGAUUUCAUAAACACCCAAAACACACUGAACACAAUGUUCGAUUUGAUAAAAGGACGCGGUCGUACGGUAUUUGCCUCACGUGAUGCCGUCAUUUAUCUGUUCAAUAGUUUCAGAUAUAUUGGCUUUAAUCCACCGGCGACAUAUCGUGUGCCAUAUUUCAUGUACUCAGCCAUCAUAACAUUCUUCGCUGUGGUCUUCUCGCCGGUUAUCUUCAAUGUCGGCUGGUUGCGCGAUCGCAAUAAGCUCUCAGUUAUGGAGAUUCUAACUUGUGUGCAGGCUUCACUAAAUGUCAUGGCUGUGCCACUUAAGUGCAUCACACUGGCAAUGGCACAUAAGCGUUUGCGUGGCAUCGAACCAAUGGUGACCGAAUUGGAUGAGCGUUAUACAACAGCAGAGGAUAAGGCUAAGAUCAAGCAGUGUGCUGUGACCGGUAAUCGGUUGGUUUUCGGUUUUGCUGUUUCGUAUUUUCUUUACGAAACAUUGACGGUGGUCUCCGCUUUGGUGGGUGGUCAUGCACCGCUUUCGCUCUGGAUACCCAAUGUCGAUUGGCACAGAUCCACUUGGGAGUACUGGCUGCAGGUUAGCUUCGAUUCAGCUGUGCUCUUCUUUUUAUUAUAUCAUCAAGUGUUGAACGACUCAUAUCCGGCUGUUUAUAUUUAUAUAAUACGCACGCAAGUACAACUUCUGGCGAGUCGUGUGGAAAAGUUGGGUUAUGAUGAGCAAAAGAGUGUGGAUGAGAAUUACCAGGAGCUCUUAGAGUGCAUUGUAAUACAUCAGAAAAUAUUGAAAAUUGUCAGCAUUGUCGAGAGCGUUGUAUCUAUAACGGUAUUCACACAAUUUCUCGUCGCCGCGCUUAUACUUGGCGUCACCAUGAUUAACAUUUUCAUAUUCGCUGAUCUCACGACGAAAAUCGCUUCGUCAACCUACUUCUUCUGCGUGCUGCUGCAGACCUCACCGACAUGCUACCACGCCUCUUAUUUGCUAGCCGAUUGUGAUGAGUUACGCAUUGCUAUUUUCCAUUGCAAUUGGAUUGUGCAGAAUAAACGUUUCAAUAAUUUGCUAAUCUAUUUUUUACAUCGCUCACAGGAUUCUAUACCAUUUUUCGCUUUGAAAUUGGUGCCCAUUAAUUUAGCCACCAACUUAUCGAUCGCUAAAUUUUCAUUUACACUCUUCACUUUUAUUCAAGAGAUGGGUCUUGGUGAAAAUCUAAAGGGGUAGAUUUGUUUACAGAGUAAAAAAAAAAAUAAUAAUAAUAUUUAGAGCACGCUUGUAGUACUUAAAUUAAAAUAAAUAUUAAUUUGAUAGCAAUUGUAAUAACACUAUACGAGAAUAUCGACUUUUUUUCUCCGUAUUGAACCAAACAAAUUAUUUCCAGGUCGCAAAAACCGUACGUAAUUUUCAAGUACCAUU